AUAAGGUCUUUCACACCAACACGGGAACAACCGCAUGUCGAGGUUUGGGUACUCGUCCCGAAUUUCACGUAUUUUUUCUCAUCAGAGAUCAAAUUCGUAAUGGACACUGACAAUAACUCAACUCCAGCUAUUACUGCCACAAUGGACAGUGAGAGCACAGCAGACGAUUUCAUAAAGGUGAAAUCAAAAAAGACUCAAAAGCGAAAACGCGAGCAGGAUGUAGUAGACAUGGAUCCAGAGGACUCCGUGGCAUGCAAGCGACCCCAGUUUCCCCCAAUUUCAGGCGACAAACUUACGGGUGGCACAGAUGAGAUGCGAAAAGUAGCUGUCCCAGCCCACAGGUACACGCCCCUGAAAGAGAAUUGGUUGAAGAUUUUCACUCCCAUUGUGGAGAACCUCCAACUUCAAGUCAGAUUUAACCUCAAAACCAGAAAUGUUGAAAUCAAAACAUGUAAAGAGACACAGGACAUCGGGUCCCUUACAAGAGCUGCAGAUUUUGUCAAGGCUUUUGUUCUAGGAUUCCAAGUUGAGGAUGCCCUAGCCCUCAUCAGAUUAGAUGAACUUUUCCUUGAAACCUUUGAGGUCACUGAUGUAAAACCACUGAAGGGAGACCAUUUGUCUAGAGCUAUUGGAAGGAUAGCAGGGAAAGGAGGAAAAACGAAAUUCACAAUUGAAAAUGUCACCAAGACACGAAUUGUGCUUGCAGACACGAAAAUACACAUAUUAGGAUCUUUCCAGAAUAUCAAGAUGGCACGGACAGCAAUAUGCAACCUCAUCUUAGGUAGUCCACCUUCAAAGGUCUAUGGAAAUAUCAGGGCGGUGGCCAGCCGGACCGCUGAGAGAUUUUGAAGACCAAUGUGCAGCAUGGAUUCAUUUUCUCCCUCAGUGGUUGUGCUGGAACUUUUAGGUUUGAUCCUGCUGUGGUGUCUUUGGAUAUGCCAGAUAUAGCUGAGGAUAGCCUUCUCUGCAUCCAGAUGUUUGGUCUGGUCAUUCUCCUAGCUUUGGAGAUGUUCUACAAAUUGCCCCCUUCUACCUUUUCAUGCUCUGCUGUUGGUCCAAGGAGGAAGUAAAUAGACACAGGAUCUAAACCAGUCUAAUGGUGUAAAGGCUAUUCACAAUAAAGUGCAAUUACCAAUGUAAAAAUUAAAAAACCCCAGUGUGGAUUUGAUUUGAAUGGCAGGAAAUGUAUUUUCAAACUGGGCUGAGAUUGUUCGCAAAAAUAAGUCUUUAUGAAAACCAUCACUUUCAAUUUUUAAAAGUUUAUUUCCUGUUUCAUUUUUAUACAGUAUCAAGUUUCCAACAGUCCCACAGCAUAAGAUGCAGCAUGCAGAGAAAGGGGAAAAAAAUACAGUUUGUUAAACAUCCAUUUCAGAUUUCCCACAAAAACUAAAAAAAGAACCCACUCAGUCAGAGAAAAGCACAGACAAAAUAACACGUGGCCUGUACUAUAGAGAGCAGAAACGCAAUUAACUAAUACUAGCAUACAAAAAAAGAAAAGCUUCGAAAUUGUCCUCUGAGUACAGUGUGGCAGUUUGAGACAGGAUCAGUUAUGCAUCUUUACUGGAAUAGAAGCAUCUCACUGACCUGGGAAAAAUACAAAAGUUACAUGAAGUUCAGUUUAUUUGGAUUACUGCUCAUGUGUACAUUUACCAAAGUUUGGCAACAUCCAUGUUGUAUACCAAUUCUUAAAUAUAGUUAUUACCAUCCAUGUGUAAACAAUAGGAUUUUUUUCAAAAUGUAUAUACAUGCAUAACAACAAAGAAAUAUCCAUGUCAUGCAAGUAUAAGGGAGGCCCAAGCCGUGCAGAGCUUAGGGAAGGGACAUUACGGUUUCUCCAAUCCAAAAACGCCUGUCCAAACCAGUAACCGAGCAAAAAUAGAAACCCGAUGCUGUGGUUGAUAAUCUAAGGGAGUGUUUCUGACUAAAAUAAUUUGGGUGCACACCAGUUUUCUUCCUGCUUAACCAAUGGGAGGAGCAAUGGUGAUCAUGAUAGAAAAGUGGAAGAAGCCAACUUUUGAAAUGUACACGCUCCAGACUAAUUGUACAGUAUAUCCCAUUGCACAUUGAUCAUGCUAACAAGUAAAAGUUGUAGAACAAUUCUACUUUACUAGACAAGUCCACCCUCCAUACACUGCAUAUAGUAAAUGUUUCCAAGACUGUUUACAUAGAGCUGAUGCAAAGCUCCUCCCCUCCUGCUGUUUCUGAACAUGAGAAACCGGUGGUUAUCUAAUAUACAUAUAUCAUUGUUUAAAAAAAACAAUCCGCUGCCUGCAGAUAAGUCUCAGAAGCACCUGUAUAUAUAUUCUCCAGAAUUCACUGACAUUCACUGGCUAUUAUCAUUUUUUGUUAAUUCAAUUUAAUUCCCAUUGCCUCUAAACUCUGUUCAAAGGUAGUAAAAUACAAAUGCAUGAAAUGCUCUAAUUGAUUUUUGUAUAGAAAUGUCCUUUAAUGAGACGGCCAAGGAUUGUCUCAUGGUUGCACUCUGCAAAUAGUUUCAUUUUAAGUAAACCACAUUAGUAUGUAAAGACAUACUGUAACUUUCUUGGCAUCUAUCGCUACUCAUUUCAUCACACAUUUCAUAUUGAAUCACCCUUUGCAAAAAAGAAAAACAUUUAAAUGUUUUUUCUCAAUACGAUUAGAAAGCCUAAAUGAUCUGAUCAGUCCGAGUGUAAAAUAGACAAGACCUAAAACAAUAUACAGAUAUUUGAAAGUGUCAUUUGCAUGUGUAGUGACCAUGCUGAUGCAUCACAAACCAGUUCUCCAAAAAGGACAGCGAUGGUAGACAAUAAUAAUGAAAACUAUUUUUUGGAUAUGUUUUGGUUGGCACUUCAUACCCAUCUUUUGAGUCGUAAUGAAAUCAAGUAUACUUAGUAACAUCUCGGCUAACAACACAUUUCCCACAGAGAGAGCCAUUGAUAAUCCUAGUUGUUUUCUUAUAUAUUUAUAUAUAUAUAUAUAUAUAAGAAGACAAGAACAAAAAUAAAUAUAAAAAAAAAGAAUUACAAUAAAAAAAACGAAGGGAAAAAAUUGAAGACAAUUAUUAACAAGACAACCUGCCUUCUUCUCCACCCAUGCCCUUAUAUCCACUCAAAGAUUCUCUUGCAAACAAGAUAUAGCUGUCCUUUAGUCUCUUAAAGUGCUACAACUGGGUUAUUGAGAGGAUCAGAGUUCAAUAACACUUCAAAGUUGGCUCCACGAUGCUCGUGUUUUUGUUUUGUUUGUUUUUUUGU